UUUCUAUGUUUAUUUUCCAUGUUCUUUCGUAAUAAAUUUUAUUUCGUAUUUUAUUUUCUCCAUCUACUUAUCUAAUUAUUCGAUUUUUAUUCUUUUUAGAAAGCAAAAAAUUUUCACAAAAAUUAAAUUCUUUAUUCUUAUUGGAUAUUCGUAUUAUUUCUAAAUCUUACUUCUACCAAUUAUUACACAAUGAAUAGCAGCCAGUUAUGGAAAGUUCCAUACUUUCAUGGCCUUAUUGAUCGAUCUGACGCAUUUGAUUUAUUGACCAACAAUGGUGAUUAUCUUGUUCGUAUGUCAAAAAAAGAAGAUAAACAAAUUCUCAUAUUAUCUUCAAUCCAACAAAAUAUUGAAACAAAUAUUGAAAUUUUCGUUAGGAACAAUUUAUAUUACUUUGAUUUUAAUAAACAAGGAUAUACGACUUUACAAAAUUUAAUCGAAUCACAAAUUAAUAAUAAAGAAGAAAAUCAGAUAGUUUUAAAGAAGCCUAUAAAUAGAAUGGAAUGGGAACUUUGCCAAAAUGAUUUAGAGAUUGGAAAAGUUUUAGGGAGUGGGAUGUUUGGGAUAGUUAAGAAAGCGAGAUUAAAAGGAAGAUUUGAUGUGGCUGUUAAACAGGAUUUAAAUAAUAGUGUUGGAAUAUACAAAGAAGCUAGUAUUCUCAAGAAUCUAAACCAUGAUAAUAUCGUUAGAUUAUUCGGUAUUACUCUGGACCAAGAACCAAUGUUACUUGUAUUAGAAUUUUGUUCAGGAUGUUUAUUGGAUUAUUUGAAGUUAAAUACAAAUUUGAAAAACUACUCAAAAUUAAUUUUGAUAAAAGAUGCAGCAAAUGGUGUCGAUUAUCUUCACGAACACAAUAUUAUCCACUGCGAUUUAGCAGCUAGGAAUUGUUUGAUGGACAAAACUUUAAAAAUCAAAAUUACUGACUUCGGUCUUUCUACGAAAUUAAAAGAUGAAGAAGAAAUUAAUGUAGAAAAAAAAGCUAAAUUACCAAUCCCUUACCUUGCGCCUGAAACUUUUAUCAGAAAAAUUUUAUCUAAAAAAACUGAUGUCUAUAGUUUUGGAGUUUUAAAUUGGGAAAUUUUUACAAAUGGUAAAGUGCCGUUCAAAGGCCUUACGGAUUUAGAGAUUGCUAGAAAAAUAGUAAAUGCUGAAUAUUUAACCUUUCCAACAAAUACGCCAAACGAUUUUAUAUCGAAAAUUAUCAAAAAUAUUUUUACUUUGGAAACCAAACGUUUUUUAAUGAAGAAGAUUCUGAUUGAAUUAAAAAAUAUUAUUAAAAAAUCUGAAGAGGGAGAAAACAAAUUAAAGUCAAUCGAAAAUAAAGGAAGGAAGAGAAAGUGAAAGGAAGAUAUGUAUUUGAAAAAUAGAAAAUUUGAUUAUUCCUAUUACCUAAUAUUAUUCUUAUAAAAAAUCCUACCCAAAAGGUUCCUAUUACGCCAAAUAAUUAUUUGAAACUGUUUUUUCUUUUUUAUUAAGAUCUUUCUCUCUUAAAAUUCCUCUCAUUUUUCUUUUUAUGAAAUAUUCUCUUAAAAUGCAAAUAUAUGUACAUUUUGUUGGCAAAUCCAACCCAAAAUGUUCCUAUCGUUCCAAACAAUUAUUUAAAAAACUUUCUUGUUCUUUUUUUCUAAAAUCUUUCUCUUUAAGAAUUCCUCUCUCUCUAUUUUUCUUUUUAUGAAAUAUUCUCUUAGAAUGUAAAUAAAAUUUGCUGGGGGUUUUUUUAUAUUUCUUGAGUAGAAACAACUUUUCACUUAA